AUGUCGCGCCUUAAAGGAGGCAAAGAACACGAGAGGGCUUUGCGCGCCUUCGCGGAAAGCCAAAUGAGCAGCGAUGAUGAAGAUGGACUUGAUAUCGUUCAGUCAGCGCGUAAAGGUCUGGAUUUGUCGCAGUAUAUUGAGGAGCUCACACAAUCGCAAACAUUACAAACACAGUCGCAGGACGCAGAUGUGGGAGAAGCUCUCGAUGAGGAGACCGAAGACGAAGCACAAAAACAGGCAAAACCUAUCUCGAAGCAACGCCCAGGCAGCUCUAGUGGUAGACACAAGAACGGUAAGGUCAUAAUGCCUGAUAGUGGGUUGAGCGACUCCUUCUCGUUUGACGACUGGUCCGACGACGAUGGCAAGGCCGACUACGAAGCCUUCAAGAACCGCCGAACGGCAAAGAGGAAGCGUGUCGCCGCCGAAACGAACAGGCUCCGGGCCCGCAAGAAGUCUAAAGCUGCCCAAGCAACGAGCGUAGUGGGCCGAAAACCGCUGCCGAGGAAAGUGGAUAGAGAAGGGGCAUUUUUCAGCACGGAUACGGCGGGUGAGGAUGCCAAUGGCCAGGACACGUUCUUAGAUGAGCCGAUCCCGGAAUACAUCGAAGCGCGCAAAGGAAAGCUGAAGAAGCUUCAUGAGGCUGGCUUGCGCUAUCCGCCAAGCUAUGAAGACAUUGACUUUCCGGAUAAUGGCCAGAAAGAAAAGCCUGUGCUGGACAAGGCUGUCAAGAUACAGCGGCCUAAGAAGGACAUUGUUCUACGCGCCUCGGGUGCCACUAUACCUGCGCCCAUUGCUCAGUGGCUUCGGGACUAUCAGGUGGAGGGAGUGCAGUUUCUGCACGAACGCUUUGUGAAGCAGACCGGCGCGAUCCUCGGUGAUGACAUGGGUCUUGGUAAGACUAUCCAGGUCAUUGCCUUUCUCACUGCUGCAUUCGGCAAGACUGCAACUGAAAACGAUGCCAAAUGUAUGCGCAAAGUACGCCGUUAUGGUGAUGAUCGAUGGUACCCUAGAAUCUUGAUCGUAUGCCCUGGCACCUUGAUGCGUAAUUGGGAAGAUGAGCUGGACCUGUGGGGUUGGUGGGAAGUCUAUCGUUAUCACGGAAACCCUGCCGACAAGAAAGGCAUCCUUAAUGCUGCUCGCAAGGGCAUGCUCGAGAUCAUGGUCACGACAUACGACACCUACCGGAAUAAUGAGAGUGAUAUAAAUACUAUCGACUGGGAUUGUGUCAUCGCAGACGAAUGCCAUCAAAUCAAGAACAAGAAUGCGGAGAUCUCGAAAGCAAUGAAUAAGAUCAAUGCCCUUUGUCGCAUCGGCCUUACGGGGACGGCCAUCCAGAACAAGUAUGAAGAGCUGUGGAACCUCCUUAACUGGGCAAGACCAGGCGCUUACGGCUCGGCCCAGGAAUGGAAACAGAUGGUUAGCUUGCCACUGAAGAUGGGGCAAGCUCACGACGCGAGCCAUGCCCAACUCGCUGAUGCGCGCAGCAAAGCUCAAGAGCUCGUCAACAACAUCUUGCCCAGCGUUUUCCUUCGCCGUAUGAAGACCUUGAUUGCAGAUCAACUGCCUAAAAAGAGCGACCGCGUGGUCUUUUGUCAGCUAACUGAGACGCAAGCCGACGCUUAUCGCACGUUCAUUGAGAGCGAGAAGUGCGAGUAUAUCCGGCUAGCUAAGCAAGAGUGUGACUGCGGCUCUGGGAAAUCGCGUGGCUGGUGUUGCUUCCAGACGGUGCCGAGCGAAGACGAGAAAUGGUCCAAAUUCAUGUUUCCUUGUAUGGUAACCUUGCAGAAGCUUGCUAAUCAUCUCGCACUGUUAUUGCCUGUCUCUACGGACAAAUCCGAGAAGCAAGCCAAAGAUGUAGAGAAUCUCCAGCUUGCUUGCCCCGAGGACUGGCGCGACCUGGUGAGGAUCAAAGAUAGCAUCCUAAAGCAGUCGCAGCGCGAGUUCUGCGGCAAAUGGAAGAUAAUGAAGCGGCUCCUGGACUACUGGCACUCGAACGGGGACAAGGUGCUUGUCUUCUCACACUCUGUACGCCUACUACGACUCAUGAAGACACUUUUCGACCUCGAUGGCACAAAGUACAACUUCUCCUACUUGGACGGCAGCAUGACCUAUGAAGACCGCGCCAAGGCCGUUGCAGAUUUCAACUCCGAUCCUAAUCAAUUUGUCUUCCUGAUCUCAACGAGAGCAGGGGGUGUGGGCCUCAAUAUCACCUCUGCCAAUAAGGUCGUUGUAGUAGAUCCGAACUGGAACCCAGCCUACGAUCUCCAAGCCCAAGAUCGCGCCUACCGUAUUGGACAAAAUCGUGAUGUCGAAGUUUUCCGACUUGUCUCCUCGGGCACAAUCGAAGAGAUCGUCUACGCACGGCAAAUAUACAAGCAGCAACAAGCCAACAUCGGCUACACUGCGUCAGACGAGCGCCGAUAUUUCAAAGGCGUGAUGGAUCAAUCCGAGAAGAAAGGCGAGCUCUUCGGCCUCGAAAACCUAUUCACGUUUCAGGAGAGCAAUAUCCUGCUCCGUGACAUCAUGACCAAAACCAACGUCGCCGAGACAAGAGCAGGCGUUGGCGCCAUGUCUUUCGAUGUUGACAACUCGCAGUUUGACUUCGACGAUGACGACGACGUCCUGAGCGACAAAUCUCUAGGACUUACAGAGGAAAACAUUUCGAUGUCCACGCAGAUGAAGAAGAUCGUAGACUCCUUCACAUCCACGAAAUCAUCUAGCAGCGGCAACCAGAAAUUCGGGAACAAACGCAAAGGUCCCGACCCCAUCAACGCAAUCCUAGCCAAGGCCGGCGUCCAGUACACACAUGAGAACAGCGAAGUCAUCGGCCGCAGCGAAAUUGAAGCCCGUCUUGGAAAGCAGGCAAUGGAACUCCGCAAUGACGUCGAGCUUGGACGGAAGCGCGUGUUCGGUGGUUCACAGUCACAGUCACAGCAUCAUUCGCAUGCUCUAGAUGGCGAUAUACGUUAUAGCGGCGAUGAUUCGGAUGAUGUGAAGAUCGUUGGAGAAAGUACACCCGGCGGGAAAGAAUUCAAGAUCAAUUAUAGAUACCGGCCUAAUGAGAAGGUGAGGAGGCGCCAAUUCUGCGAGAUGGCACGGAUGUGGGGGUAUGAUGAUCCGGUAGAGUUUGCAUUGCUGAUCGAGAGUAUGACGCAAGAUGAGCGGAGGAAGACGCUCGAGCGAUUCUAUCGGGUGCGCAGACGACAGCUUGCUGAGACGAAGUGA